GGACGAUGACCCAUUUCAGCUGAAGCCUGUCUCAUUCAUUUCCUAUUUAUAUAUAUAUUAAUUAAGGUUCUUCUCUGGAGGCCUUGGGUGUGGGUGUGGGUGUGGGCGUGGGCGUGGGGGUCGGUUUAGGGAUGGCGACAAAUGGAACAGCCAAGGUUUGCCCGGCGCCAAUGAAGGCAACGUCCAAUGGAUCCUUCCAAGGUGACAAUCCCCUGGAUUUUGCGCUUCCCCUCCUCAUCUUGCAGAUAUGCCUGGUCGUCGUCUUCACCAGAACGCUUGCCUUGAUUCUGAAACCUCUCAGACAGCCCAGAGUCAUUGCAGAGAUUAUCGGAGGAAUACUGCUCGGCCCAUCUGCGUUGGGGCGAAGUACCAAGUUUCUGCACAGAGUCUUCCCUGCCAGAAGCAUGACUGUCCUGGACACUGUGGCCAACAUUGGCCUCCUCUUCUUCCUGUUUUUGGUGGGUCUUGAGCUUGACAUUCGAGCUAUCCGAAGGACCGGCAAACAGUCCCUAGGAAUAGCCGUCGUAGGUAUCACCUUCCCUUUCGUUCUUGGCAUUGGCACUUCAGUUGUUCUACGCUCCACAAUUUCCAAGGGAGUAGACCACGCCCCUUUCCUCGUCUUCAUGGGCGUCUCCUUGUCCAUCACCGCUUUUCCAGUCCUUGCCCGUAUCCUAGCAGAGCUGAAACUUCUCACCACUGACGUGGGCCGCAUGGCAAUGUCAGCGGCCGCCGUCAAUGACGUUGCUGCCUGGAUUCUCCUCGCACUCGCCAUAGCUCUCUCUGGCGAUAACACAUCACCCCUCGUUUCCGUAUGGGUCCUACUCUGUGGCUGUGCGUUUGUGGCAGCAGCUAUCCUAUUCUUAAGACCGGCACUUGCAUUUAUGGCUCGGCGCUCCCUUGGAGGCGAACCCGUGAACGAGCUCUACAUAUGUAUUACGCUAUCGCUAGUAUUGGCUGCAGGUUUCGUCACCGACACAAUCGGCAUACAUGCGCUCUUUGGGGCGUUUGUCGUGGGCAUAGUUGUACCCAAAGAUGGCCCCUUUGGGGAGAUCUUAAUAGAGAAGAUCGAGGAUCUGGUUUCAGGGCUUUUUCUGCCGCUCUACUUUGUAUCAAGUGGACUCAAGACCAAUGUCGCUACCAUAAGCGGUGGCCAAUCCUGGGGCCUGCUAGUCCUGGUUAUAUUCAACGCUUGUUUUGGAAAGAUUCUGGGGACGGUUGUGGUCUCCCGCAUAUUUAAGGUGCCGAUGAGGGAGGCUGUUGUACUUGGAUUCCUCAUGAACACCAAGGGCUUGGUGGAGCUGAUCGUCCUCAACAUUGGCAAGGACCGGAAGGUGCUGAAUGAUCAGACUUUUGCUAUCUUAGUUCUUAUGGCGUUGUUCACCACCUUCAUCACCACCCCAAUUGUGACCGCCUUGUAUAAGCCAGCCAGGAAGAUAGCAUCUUACACGCACCGGACUGUUCAGCGCAGAGGACCUGAUUCAGAGUUCCGUAUACUGGCAUGCUUCCAUAGCACUCGAAACAUUCCCACAAUGAUCAACCUAAUAGAGUCUUCCCGUGGGACACGACGCGGGCGUCUUUGUGUGUAUGCUAUGCACUUGAUGGAGCUCUCAGAGCGGUCUUCCGCCAUCUCAAUGGUACACAAAGCACGCAGAAAUGGUCUCCCCUUCUGGAACAAGAAACGUACACACAAAGAUCAGAUGGUGAUAGCAUUUGAGGCCUACCAGCAGCUCAGCAGUGUUUCUGUCCGUCCUAUGACGGCCAUCUCCCCGCUCAACAGUAUCCACGAAGACAUCUGCACAAGCGCCCACCAAAAGCAAGUGGCCAUGAUUCUACUCCCAUUUCACAAGUAUCAGCGUCUGGAUGGGGUGAUGGAGUCGUUGGGACACUCGUUCCAUCUGGUGAACCAGCGGGUCAUUCGGCACGCCCCUUGCUCUGUAGGAAUCCUUGUAGACCGCGGCCUAGGAGGUACCAGUCAAGUCUCCGCCAGUCACGUGUCUUAUUCCAUAGCCAUUCCUUUUUUUGGUGGACGUGACGACCGUGAAGCUCUGGCAUAUGGUGUUAGGAUGGCCGAGCACCCUGGAAUCAAGCUCACAGUCAUAAAUUUUGUUGCUCCCCCAGGGAAGUCGCUUCUGGAUUGGAAUUCCGGAGAUGGUGCUGCGACAGUCCAAAUCAAUGAAAUAACACAAGACGGAAAAGAAGACAAUGACCAACUCUUCUCCGAGCCCAAUUUCACGGAAAAUGAGUCCAUAUCCUACGAGAAGCGGGUGGUAGAAGAGAAGGCAGGCAUUGUGGCAAAGCUGACAUCAAUGACCAACACCAACCUCUUCUUGGUGGGGAGAAUGUCGGCAGUAGCAGGACUGACAGAAAGAAGCGACUGUCCAGAACUGGGCCCAGUUGGGAGCUUCCUAGCGUCUUCCGAAUUCUCCACCACCGCAUCGGUUUUAGUUAUUCAGCAGUAUAACCCCACAGCAAAUUUUUCCGCGCUGGCGGAAGAAGAAGCUUCAGAACUCUCAGACGGGCCAGAUGAUGCACCAGUGUGAUUCACAUAGAUAUAGAUCUACAGAUAUGGAAUCCCCUUCAACGUCCUACAUGCUUCAUUACCAAUUCUGAAUAAUUGUGGUCCAAGUCUACAGAUUAAGGAGAGAGAUCUCCGCCCUUUUAGACUUUGCUUAAUUCUGAAAUGCAUCACUGUCUCUAGUUUUGGGCCAGA